AUGCUGGCGGCGCUCGAGCUGCGCGUGUCCCUCGGCUGGGACGACCUCCUCGUGACGACCUUUGGCGAGCCCAAGGUCGGCAACCAGCCGCUGUGUGACUACGUCGAUGCCGUCUUUGCGCUCGACGCCGAGGCCGCCGGCGCCGCGGACCCAGAGAAGCGCGUGUACCGCCGCGUGACGCACGCCGAUGAUCCCGUCCCGCUGCUGCCACUGACGGAGUGGGGGUACCGCUCGCACGGCGGUGAGUUCUUCAUCACGAAGCCGGACCUGUCGCCGUCGGUCGAGGAUGUCGUCGUCUGCCGCGGUGCCAGCGACGAUCAGUGCAUCGCGCAGGGCGACGUCGAGGUCGAGGAAGUGGAGGCGGUGGCCGACGAGGUUGUGCAGGAGGCGGGGGCGGAGGGACUCGCCGGGCCCGUCGAGGGGACGGCGCCCCAGGAGCGCAGGUGGGUCAAGAGAUUCCCGAGCGUGCCGGCGCGCUUCAAGCUGUGGCAGCUGUUCUUCGCGCACCGGGACUACUUUUGGCGCAUCGGCCUCUGCGUGCCCGGCGGGGACCCUGCGAAUUGGGGCCGGGAGAAGUAUCCUGACGGCCAGGGGGAUGACGACGAUGCCCGGCUAGAGGAGCUUUAG